AUGCCCUCACAAUUCAAAGUUACAUCCUCAAAGCUUAAAGCGGCCCGGUGCUCCUGUGUCCAUAAUACCUGCGGAGACAAAUGCGACUCGUGUUGUCCCCUUUACAACCAGCAGCCGUGGCGAGCCGGGAACUUCAGUGACGGCGGGGCGUGCGAGCAGUGCCAGUGUUACGGCCACGCCACCGCCUGCACCUAUGACGCCGAAGUGGCCAAGAAGCGACUCUCUCUCAAUAUCAGGGGAGAGUACGAAGGCGGGGGCGUGUGCGUAGGCUGCCGCGACAAUACUGAAGGAUAUAAUUGUGAGAAGUGUGCACCAGGCUUCUUUAGACCCCAGGGUGUGACUCCCGAUGCGGCCCGCCCCUGCCAGCCGUGUGCCUGCCCGGGUCCUGGCACCACCGGGGAGUGUGUGCGUGACGACAAACAGAUCAACCUCGGCCUCUUCCCUGGCGCCUGCAUCUGUAAACAAGGAUUCCACGGGCCACGUUGUGACCGCUGUGAGAAGGGAUACCGCCGCUUCCCAGCCUGUGAGCCCUGCCCCUGUGACCGUGCUGGCUCCAAAGGCGACGAGUGUGAGGGGGACUGCGAGUGUAAGGAUAAUGUGGUGGGGCCGCGAUGUGACACCUGUGCCCCCGGCCAUUUCCACCUGGACGCCCGUAACCCGGUGGGCUGCACUCCCUGCUACUGCAAUGGCGCCACCACUGUGUGCGAAGCGGCCAAGCUGGCGGUGUACACUGUGCUGGAGCACGCUGACUGGCACGUGACAGAUCUGCUGCGGCGGCGUGUGGUGGCUGCUGUGCAUGAGCAGACGGACGUUAGGAUUGCUCAUGAUGAAAUGUCCCGCUUCUACUCCUACUACUGGUUGGCGCCACAGCAGUACCUUGGCUCCAGAAUGACCUCCUAUGGCCAGACUCUGAAGGUCAAGGUGGCAUGGGUCAAGCUUCGUGGAGACACCUCAGGCCAGCCCACCCGCUGCCCUGAUGUCAUUAUUGAGGGAGCCGGAUACCGCAUUGCUUAUGGAGACAACACAUACAAGAGAGGCAAGUCCGUCACGCUGGAGAUUCCUCUCUACGAACACGGCUGGUUCCACUUCCCCAAGGAUCUGUCAGACAUUGGGCCAAGCACCAGGAGCAGGGAUUACAAGGGCAGGGCAGUGACUCGCAGGGAGAUGAUGGAGAUCCUGAGUUCCUUUGAGUCACUCAUGAUCAGAGCAAGAUACCACACAGUCCAGAUUGAAGGAAUACUGCAUGACGUGAUCCUGGAGUAUGGAGCAGAGGGUCGAGCAACACUGGUCACCGGGGCAGUGGAGCGCUGCAGCUGUCCACCAGGCUACACUGGGCUGUCAUGUGAAAGCUGUGAGCCGGGCUACAGGCGUGUCAACAACACAAUCUUUGGGGGAGAGUGUCGCAAGUGUGACUGCAAUGGUCAUGUGGACUCCUGUGACCCCUACACUGGUGCCUGUGGGGAGUGUCAGCACAACACUGUUGGUCCACGCUGUGAACGCUGUGCUGCAGGCUUCUUUGGGGACCCUUCCCUGGGCACUCCUGAUGCCUGCCAGGCCUGUGAGUGCCCCCUGCUCUCUGGGAUCCAACCACUUCACCCCCAAGAUGUAUCCCUGACCUCGAUCUUGGGGGAUACAAGUGCAAGUGCCCAGCAGGUUACGUGGGUCCCAAGUGUGAGAGGCAUAUAUUCCAGUUUCAGCAAAUCAACACAUCUUCCAGCUUCUUCAUCAGAGGCCAUGUGUGCUGAGGGAUACUUUGGCAACCCCUUCCUGCCAGGAAAUUACUGCCGCCCGUGUGAAUGUAAUGGAAACCUUGACUUGAGGGAGAAGGGCACGUGUGACUCCCAGACCGGUCAGUGCCUCAAGUGUACUGGAAACACUGCUGGCUGGCACUGUGAGCGCUGCAAGGAGAACUACUAUGGGGAUGCCAGCAGGGGUCAGUGCCUUCCCUGUGGGUGCCAUGGACGAGGCUCCCUCUCAGCUACUUGUGACCCCCAAACAGGACAGUGCCAGUGCCGCAACCUCUUCACAGGCAGACAGUGUGACCGCUGCAAGAGAGGUCAUGGUGGAGUGACUGAGGGCUGUCCAAGGUGCAGUUGUGACCCUGAGGGAUCCACCAGCCAGAUCUGUGACCCCUUCACUGGCCAGUGUCCUUGCAAGUCAGGUGUGACAGGGAAGACUUGUUCCCAGUGCCUCUUGAACCACUAUGGGUCCCUUGACACUGGAUGCUCUCUCCUUAUCCGUCUGACCUUGACAGAGGAACACCACAAAUUGACUCCCAUUGACUGA